AUAUUUUAAUGUGUGUCUUAUUUUCUCAGAUGGCUGAGGGCGAUAAGAAGAAGGUUGUCCGAAGACACACCAGCCGUAACCCUGUGCUGGUCCGGGGCAUCGGCCGCUACUCCCGCUCUGCCAUGGCCGCCCGCAGAGCCAUGUACAAGAGGAAGACCAAAGCUCCAGUGACGAAGGUUGAAAAGAAAAUCAGGGAGAAGAAAAUUAAAAAGGAAAAGAAGAAUUCCACCACAGUCACCAAAUCUGUCGGCGGAGACAAAAAUGGAGGCUCCCGGGCUGUAAAACGCCGCAAGAUGCCCCGUUAUUACCCCACAGAAGACGUGCGCCGUAAGCUGCGGAGUCACGGCAUCAAGCCCUUCAGUCAGCACCGGAGGAAACUGCGCAAGUCCAUCACCCCUGGAACAGUCCUGAUCCUGCUGACCGGACGCCACCGCGGGAAGCGCGUGGUCUUCCUCAAGCAGCUGGACAGCGGCCUCCUCCUCGUCACCGGUCCUCUGGCUCUGAACCGAGUGCCUCUGCGUAGAGCUCACCAGAAGUUCUGCAUCGCCACCAACACCAAACUGGACAUCUCUGGCAUCAAGAUCCCCAGCACACUGGUCGAUUCCUACUUCAAGAAGAAGAAGAUGAGGAAACCCAAGCACCAGGAGGGAGAAAUCUUUGACACAGAGAAGGAGAAGUACCAGUUGACGGAGCAGCGCAAGGCAGACCAGAAAGCAGUGGAUUCUCUUCUACUUCCUCUGAUCAAGAAGGUUCCCGAACUCAAGGGGUACCUGCGCUCCACAUUCUCCCUGUCUAAUGGAGUGUAUCCACACAAACUGGUUUUCUAAAUUGCAAAUAAAGUCUCGACCCAUAUCA